CAAAAUUGGAGCAAUUAUUAUGGAUGACUGUUCAUCUGCUGAUCGUGGUCUGAACUUAACUAAAGAAUUUUAUGGAGGUAUUUUGUUGGUCAAUGAUUCAACUGGUGCCCUUAUCAACCCUGAUCGAGUUGUUGGAUUUGUUGGUUCUGCUAACAGUGACAAAACUAUGAAAGUUGCUGAAUAUUUGAAGACUACAAAGACAGUAUUAGUAGCACCACAGGCUACAAGCCCACAGUUAAGUGACAGAACUAGGUUCCCAUAUUUUGUGAGGACUUUACCAUCAGAUAACAUGCAGGGCCCUGCUCUUGCAGCCCUGUUGAUUAGUCAUGGCUGGAUGAAUGUGCACAUUGUCAUUGAAGAUGAGUUAACUUAUCCCAGAGACUUGGCAAGGCUGUUCAGAGAAACAUUUGAAAAAGAGGGAGGAUGUGUAUCAUCCACAUUUAUUCUGAAAUCAGACACACAUACUAUUAAUAAAACUAAGUCAAACGAAGAGGACAUCAUUUUAGAAAUCAUGGAAAGUACUUUGAAGUCAGAUAUAGUUUUAGUUUUGGGAGGUGGAAUCGUUAAACCAUUACUGGCAGCUAAGCAGAAGUUUAUGAAAGAUAUAAGUGCCAAACGUCUGGUAUUCAUUGGGACAGAGACAUGGGGAAAAACAGAGUUCAUGGUUGAUGGCUUUGAAAAAGCAGCAGCUGGAUCAAUAACAAUAGCCUUAUAUGGGGAUACUGUCAAAGCAUUUGAUACACAUAUGUCAAAACUCAGAUUUGGUCAACCUUCUGCCAGCAGUGUUCAUACUGAGAUGUACUUCAAAGCUAUGUUCAAUUGCAAUACCAACUGUACAACUGACAUGAUUGUAACAGAACUCCCAACUUAUAGCCAAGACACUUUCAUACUGCAGACAAUUCAUGCAGUAUAUGCUCUUAGUAUAGCUACAACUGAGAGACUAACAAAGAAAUGUGGGAAAGGAACCAAAACUGUAUGUGAAGCACUUGGCACAGCAUUUGGAAAAAACUUCACUGACAUUUUGGGAAAUAUGUCUUUCAAGGAUAUUGACGGUCAUAAUGUUACCAUACUCAAUAGAGAGAGUGGCAAUGCAUACAAUUUCUUCUACUGGAAAAAAGAUGGAACUCCAAUGAAGAUUGGUAGUUCAGGCUCCAAUGGUAAAUCCUUUGAAGCAGAUGAUAAUAAUUUUCCAAAAGGUUAUUAUGACCUUUUGCCACAGUCUGAAUGUCCAGAUGUAUGUGGCUACUACUGUAAAAGAUGUAAGUUACAUAGAAAGGAGAAACUGGUCACAAAGUGUUCAGAGUGUCAACUGAUGAGGAAUGAAGGAUACACAAAAUGUGAUGCAUGUGUCGUGUCUGGGAGUAAAUAUCAAUGUUUCAACUGCAAGGAAUAAAGGAAUUCUGGUGAAUUUAGUGUACAAAUUGGGAAGAUCAUAAUACAAGAAUAAUUUAUAUAUAUAUAUA